AUGCGCUGGGCGCGGGGCUGGCUGCUGGCGGCGGCGGCGCUGGCGGGGGCGUGGGGGGAGAAGGGGCUGCCGGUGCCGGAGCACGGCUUCUGCCAGCCCAUCUCGAUCCCGCUGUGCACCGACAUCGCCUACAACCAGACGAUCCUGCCCAACCUGCUGGGCCACACGAGCCAGGAGGACGCGGGCCUGGAGGUGCACCAGUUCUACCCGCUGGUGAAGGUGCAGUGCUCGGCCGAGCUCAAGUUCUUCCUGUGCUCCAUGUACGCGCCCGUGUGCACCGUGCUCGAGCAGGCCAUCCCGCCGUGCCGCUCCAUCUGCCAGCGGGCGCGCCACGGCUGCGAGGCGCUCAUGAACAAGUUCGGCUUCCAGUGGCCCGAGCGGCUGCGCUGCGAGCACUUCCCGCGCCACGGCGCCGAGCAGCUGUGCGUGGGCCAGAACCACUCCGAGGAGGCCGCCUCGCCCGCCCUGCUGCCCCCCGCCGCCGCCACCCCCCCGCCCCCCGCCGCCGCCGGGAGCCCCCCGCCCCCGCCGGGGGCCCCCCGCCACGCGCCCCCCGAGCGCCCCUUCCACUGCCCGCGCGCCCUCCGCGUGCCCGCCUACCUCAACUACCGGUUCCUGGGCGAGGCCGACUGCGCGGCCCCCUGCGAGCCGGCGCGCCCCGAGGGCCACCUCUUCUUCGACGCGCGCGAGCUGCGCUUCGCCCGCCUCUGGGUGCUGGUGUGGUCCGUGCUCUGCUGCGCCUCCACCGCCUUCACCGUGGCCACCUACCUGGUGGACAUGCAGCGCUUCCGCUACCCCGAGCGCCCCAUCGUCUUCCUCUCGGGCUGCUACACCAUGGUGGCCGUGGCCUACAUCGCCGGCUUCGUGCUCGGGGAGCGCGUGGCCUGCAACGAGCGCUUCGCCGACGACGGCUUCCGCACCGUCGUGCAGGGCACCAAGAAGGAGGGCUGCACCAUCCUCUUCAUGAUGCUCUACUUCUUCAGCAUGGCCAGCUCCAUCUGGUGGGUGGUCCUCUCGCUCACCUGGUUCCUGGCCGCCGGCAUGAAGUGGGGCCACGAGGCCAUCGAGGCCCACUCGCAGUACUUCCACCUGGCCGCCUGGGCAGUGCCGGCGGUCAAGACCAUCACCAUCCUGGCCUUGGGCCAGAUCGACGGCGACCUGCUCAGCGGCGUCUGCUUCGUGGGCCUCAACAGCCUGGACCCGCUGCGGGGCUUCGUGCUGGCGCCCCUCUUCGUCUACCUCUUCAUCGGCACCUCCUUCCUGCUGGCCGGCUUCGUCUCCCUCUUCCGCAUCCGCACCAUCAUGAAGCACGGCGGCACCAAGACCGAGAAGCUGGAGCGCCUGAUGGUGCGCAUCGGGGUCUUCAGCGUCCUCUACACCGUGCCCGCCACCAUCGUCAUCGCCUGCUACUUCUACGAGCAGGCCUUCCGCCCCCACUGGGAGCGCAGCUGGGUCAGCCAGCACUGCAAGACCUUGGCCAUCCCCUGCCCCCUCCACUACACCCCCCGCAUGAGCCCCGACUUCACCGUCUACAUGAUCAAGUACCUCAUGACACUCAUCGUGGGCAUCACCUCCGGCUUCUGGAUCUGGUCGGGCAAGACCCUCCACUCCUGGAGGAAGUUCUACACCCGCCUCACCAACAGCAAGCAUGGCGAGACCACCGUGUGAAGAGGGACGAGGGGGCGGGGGUGGCCAAGGCAGGGGGAAGCGCCCCUCCGGCCCCCCCGACUCCUCCCGGCGGGAGCUCUGGCAAGCAGCAAGGGAGUUGUUCUCUGGGGUGCCAGCCGCUCUCUGCCGCUGCGCCUUUCCCUUUUGUCUGACAAUCAGAGGCACACGCUCCAAGCAAGCGCUGGAGAAACGAACCCAAGUAUUUAAAACUCUCUUUAAUUCGAACGAAAACUGAUUUUUUUUUUUUGCUCUAGGAUUUUUUUAAUUAACUGUUAAAGGGUGACUUUUUGUAAUUAAAAUUGUAAAUAGUAUUUGUAAAUUUUAAUUAUAUAUUUCUAUUUAAGAGAGAGAGAGAGAACACCGGCAAUGAUCCUGAAACUUAUGGAGACAGUCAGAAAAAGGGAAGUGUUUCCCCCC